AUGAGGAAGGAGGCAGAAGAAUGAUGGAGGGCAAUUCCACUGCUGGAUCCUUUACCCCCUCGCAGCAGUUCAGCAUUGCUGACCUUGUUGUCGUAGUGGUUUAUUUUUCCUUAAAUGUUGCAGUGGGAAUAUGGUCUUCCUGCAGGGUGAACAGAAACACCGUCAGUGGCUAUUUCCUUGCUGGCAGAGACAUGGCAUGGUGGCCAAUCGGCGCCUCUCUCUUCGCCAGCAGCGAAGGCUCGGGGCUCUUCAUCGGGCUGGCCGGGACCGGUGCUGCCGGGGGAAUUGCUGUCACUGGCUUCGAGUGGAAUGCGACUUAUGCUCUUCUGGCGCUAGCCUGGGUGUUCGUGCCGGUUUACAUCUCAUCUGGGAUUGUCACGAUGCCGGAGUAUCUCCAGCGAAGGUUUGGAGGGGAGAGGAUCCGGAUGUACCUCUCCAGCCUGUCGCUCCUGCUCUCCAUCUUCACCAAAAUCUCUACGGACCUGUACUCGGGUGCCCUCUUCGUACAAGUCUGCCUGGGCUGGGACCUUUACCUCUCCACUGUCCUGAUGCUGCUGGUCACGGGGCUCUACACCAUUGCGGGGGGGUUGGCGGCCGUCAUCUACACCGAUGCGCUGCAGACGCUCAUCAUGGUCCUCGGAGCCAUCGUGCUGGCGGUGAAAGCUUUUAAUGAGAUCGGAGGUUACCCCAACUUGGAAGAGGCCUAUUUAAAAGCCGUGCCAUCCAAGAUUGUUCCCAACACUACCUGCCACCUGCCCAGAGCCGAUGCAAUGCACCUCUUCCGAGACCCAGUCUCUGGAGAUCUGCCCUGGACCGGGAUGACUUUCGGGCUGUCUAUCAUGGCCACGUGGUACUGGUGCACCGACCAGGUCAUCGUCCAGCGGUCGCUCUCUGCUAAGAGCCUGAGUCACGCCAAGGCCGGCUCCAUCUUGGCCAGCUACCUGAAGAUGCUACCCUUGUUCGUUAUCAUCAUGCCGGGGAUGAUCAGCAGGGUCCUGUACCCAGACACCGUGGCCUGCGUGGACCCCGAGGAGUGCACCCGCGUGUGCGGGGCCGCCGUGGGCUGCUCCAACAUCGCCUACCCCAAGCUGGUGGUCGAGCUGAUGCCCAGCGGGCUGCGGGGUCUGAUGAUCGCGGUGAUGAUGGCCGCGCUCAUGUCAUCCCUGACCUCCGUAUUCAACAGCAGCAGCACCCUCUUCACCAUGGACAUCUGGAGGAAGCUGAGGCCGGCGGCUGGCGAGCGAGAGCUGCUCUUGGUGGGCAAGGUGGUCACGGUGGUGCUGGUGGCCCUCAGCGUGGUCUGGAUCCCCAUCCUGCAGAGCUCCAGCGGUGGCCAGCUCUACGUCUACAUCCAGGCUGUCACCAGCUACCUGGCUCCUCCCGUCACCGCCGUCUUCGUCCUGGCCGUCUUCUGGCCCCGAGCUAACGAGCAGGGAGCUUUCUGGGGCCUGAUGGCAGGGCUGGUGCUGGGGCUGGCCAGGAUGGGGCUGGAGCUGGCAUACCCCGUGCCCCGCUGCGGGGUCCCCGACCUGCGGCCCUGGCUGCUCGCUGACAUCCACUACCUGCACUUCGCCGUGCUGCUGUGCGCCGUCACGGGCGCCGUCACGGUGGGGGGCAGCCUGCUGACCCCCCCGCUGCCUUCAGCCUGGCUAAAGGAUCUCACCUGGUGGACCCUCUCGCAGGAGCCCCCCCAGCCCUCCGUGGACGGCACAUCCCAGGGACCCCCUGAUGGUGAGUGUGUCUUCAGGGGUGUCUGGCAGGGGAGGCAUCUUCAGUGCCCCCCACCUGUAAUGGGCAGCAGGACGGCAUGGAUGCCCCGUGCCUCAGUUUCCCCGGGGCUGUGCCACCCGCCACAAGGUGGCUGGUCCCCAUGGCUCUCUGUCCCCAAUACUCACCGUCGUUCUGCACCAGGUUCCUGCUCAGCCACCCUGGGCAGACAUCAGCCAUCAAAGGCCAAGGGACCCCCGGCCGUGGCCCUCAAGGACGCCACAGAGCCCCCCUUCUGGGCCCGCGUCUGCGGCAUCAACGCCGUUGUCCUGAUGUGCGUCAACAUUUUCUGCUAUGCCUAUUUUGCCUAGCGGCUUGCCGGUCCCCGGGGAGAGAAGGGUGCUGGGAGGGAGGGAGAAAUGGGGAUUUGGGUGAUAGUUUUUAUUUGUCAUGUUUGGGACAUGGGAUGUUUAAAUCCACUGGUGCAAUGAGCUGGGUGUUCUCAGCAUCGUGGAACCCGAGUGCAUCCCAGGGGUCUGUGAGGGGUGGGGGGCAUUUGUGGGGGCAGCGAGUCCCCAGGAGGGGUCUGAGGAGAGGUAUCGGGGUGGGCAAAUGGGGGCUGCAAGGGAAGCAAAACCACAGCAAAGCAGCAGGCAUGCGGCCACGGGACCACCGUGGUGGUGGUAGAAAAGGAGCAGCCACACUCGAGGGUGUCACCCAAACACAUUUUAUUAGCU